AUUUUAUUUACCAACUCUUGCACCUGGUAUAUCUUACUCUUCUCUUCUCUAUAAAUACGAAUCUCCAUCUUUCCUUUCACUCCAACAACCGACAUCACUUCUUAAUAGCCUACUGAACUCGUUCCCUAUUUUAAACAACCUUCCAUUUGUGCUAUAUAAUCAAAACUCAGAAGAUGAAUAGUGCUGCAAGUAAAGCUUGGAUUGUGGCUGCGAGUGUUGGAGCUGUGGAGGCUCUGAAGGACCAAGGUAUCUGCAGGUGGAACUAUGUGUUAAAGCACGCUCAGCAGCACAUCAAAAACCGUGUUGGAUCACUGUCUCAAACAAGAAACCUCUCUUGUUCUUCUUCAGCUCUCUUUGCCAACAAGUUAAAGGGUGAGAAAGCCAAGCAAGCAGAGGAGUCCUUGAGAACUGUCAUGUACUUGAGCUGUUGGGGUCCCAACUGAAAAUUUGCUUUCUGUAAAUAGUAAUUAGUGAUAGAUUAUACAAAUCUUGCAAUGUCAAACGGCUCUAGUACUAUUCAAUGAACAAAGUUUUCUUCA